CACACUCCGAGGGAGAGGCAGUGUGUGAGCUGCGGACCCUGCCGUGUGGACUGUAUUGAAUAGAGGAGAAGAGAGGAGCGCAGUGGCAGACUCUACCAUGCCAGUGCAGGGAGAAAGGCUGAAGCGCUGUCUCUCUCUCUGGAGCCGGAGUCCUCUGCUGUUGCUUGGACUGUUCUCUCUUCACGCACAAGCACAGGGCAAUAUAUUGGACAUGCUGCGAAGAGCAUCUAGUAAGGAGGCAUCGGAGAGUGGGAAGGAGGCCAGUGGCAGCACAGCUUCUGCUUCCUCCUCCGAGGGGAUCCUGUGGUGUCACUGUUAUCACCACUGCCCUGAAGACUCAGCCAAUAACACAUGCAGGACAGGAAAGGAUGGCUGCUGUUUCACCAUGGUGGAGGAGGUGAACGGGGUAUCGGUCGACAAAGCAGGAUGUCUUGCGCUGAGCGGAUCAGUUCAGUGUGGGAACACGGGAAACGGACAUAAUAUAAGGAGAUCAAUGAAGUGCUGUUCAGAGGGAGAUUACUGCAAUAAAAACUUGCAUCCUACACUGCCACCACUUAAACCAUCUCUCUAUGUUGAUGGGAGAAUCCACCACAUGGCCUUGUUGGUCUCAGUCACUGUGUGCAGCAUCAUACUGGCCUUCAUUAUAGUGUUCUGCUACUUCAGGUAUAAGCGCCAGAGGGCUCGUCCUCAGUACAAUAUUGUUCUGAAGCAGGAUGAGAGCUACAUUCCCUCCGGAGAGUCUCUGAGGGAGCUGAUCAAGCAGUCUCAGAGCUGUGGCUCUGGCUCAGGGCUCCCUCUGCUGGUGCAGCGAACGAUAGCCAAGCAGAUCCAGAUGGUGAAGCAGAUAGGCAAGGGGAGGUAUGGAGAGGUGUGGAUGGGCAGAUGGAGGGCAGAGAAAGUUGCCGUUAAAGUUUUCUUCACCACUGAGGAGGCCAGUUGGUUCAGAGAGACUGAGAUUUACCAGACUGUUCUGAUGAGACAUGAGAACAUCCUCGGUUUUAUAGCUGCUGAUAUCAAAGGAACUGGCUCCUGGACCCAACUCUACCUAAUCACUGACUACCAUGAAAACGGCUCUUUGUAUGACUACCUCAAAUCAACCACUCUCGAUAAUAAAGCCAUGCUGCGGCUGGCCUACUCCUCUGUGUCUGGCCUCAGUCACCUCCACACUGAGAUCUUUGGCACCCAGGGCAAACCUGCCAUUGCCCACAGGGAUCUAAAGAGCAAGAACAUACUAGUAAAAACAAAUGGGACCUGCUGUAUAGCUGACCUGGGACUGGCAGUCAAGCUUAUCAGUGACACCAAUGAGGUCAACAUCCCUCCCAACACCAGAGUGGGCACAAAGCGAUACAUGCCUCCGGAGGUUCUGGAUGAGACUCUGAACAGAAGUCACUUUCAGUCGUACAUCAUGGCUGACAUGUACAGCUUCGGGCUGAUUCUCUGGGAGAUCGCACGGCGUUGUGUCUCAGGAGGAAUCCUUGAAGAGUACCAGUUGCCAUACCAUGAGUUGGUGUCUACAGACCCUUCAUAUGAAGACAUGAGAGAGGUGGUCUGCAUCAAAAGACUACGACCAUCAUUUCCUAAUCGGUGGACCAGCGAUGAGUGUUUGAGACAGAUGGGGAAGCUGAUGACAGAAUGUUGGGCCCACACCCCGGGCUCCCGCCUCACAGCCAUACGGGUAAAAAAGACCCUUGUCAAGAUGUCAGAAUCGCAGGACAUCAAGCUGUGAGCAGUGUGUUUACACAGGCGCGGGAAAGGCUCUUACUGUCACACUGGCUCUGGUCCAGGAUGCACUAUCCUUGGAAAAGGAGGAGGAACAGGAAGCAUGAUCACCACUUGGUAAUCGCAGGAUCACACCCUUCGAGUCCAGAUGCACAGAACACGAGAGUGCAGGUCCCCCUUUGAAAGAAUGUAUAACAGGAUUACGGUAGUAAACUCAAAGUGAAACUCAUUCAAAACAAUCCGUCCGACCCUGUUCUGUCGAUCAGAGAAGAUGAGUCAUUUUCAUUUCAGACUAGUUUAAGGACUCUAAAUCCAGUUUCUUGUUCACAUGCUCCAAAAGCCCUGGAGGAAAUAAAUGUAAGUUUAACUUGGCACUGUAGCUGCAGAGAUAUGCCGACACGCUACUGACUAGUGAGUGGAAUACUAUAUCAAUGCUUUCUGUGAAAGCUAGCUUACCUUUAGAUGAAGGUCCCAUUGAUAAAGCAUUAGGCUUAUUGCAGCAUGACACCUCCUUUCUAAACCGUCGACCGACUACUGCCUUUAUGUUCCAAUUGGAUUGAACACUUGUGUCACUCUUGAGUUGCUUUAGGUUGCAAUGACUGACACUAUGUGGCAGAACAAGUGUUUGUUGAGGCUUUAAAAAAUGUGUUUACGCUGUAAGGUUUUCAGACACUGAAGAAAAGGUACACCUGUAUCUUUUAAUUAUAAUGGGAUGUCAAAAAUGCAACAGUUUGUUUUUCAUCAAAGUUGAUAUGUCCAAAUCAAUUCUGGAUAGAGGCUCUACAUGCCUGUGUUCCCUUGCCCUGCUUUAGGAAAGGGGGCUUUGCAGUAAUAAUGCCAAUGAAGCAGAACGGUGCCACCCAUAGGUCUGCCAAGGCAAUCAGAAAUUGUUGUACACAACUGUAUUAAUGACUUCUCUGAUGUAGUGAUCUAUUUUAAAUGUGUGUAAUUGUGCCUGUGUUAGUUUAGGGGUUCAACAAGUCGUUUUUAAUUCAAAUUCUCACAUGGUAGCAGUCAAGUAUUAGGAAGAUUAAACAGCCUUACCGCCUCAGUAUGAAAUAUUUCUGAAGGUAAAUGUGGACACCUUUCAUCAUCACAGUAAGCACAUCCUUAGGUUGUCUGCUACCACAUCCAAUCGUUGUAAUUAUUUUUAGUCCAUUUGUAAAAUCCUUGAUAAACUUUCCUUCAGGUCAAUGAGUAGUCUUUUUGUUUGUUUUAAAUCUUUGCCUUCUAAAAUCGUGGGAUUCUUUGUAAUUGUUGAUUGAUGUGUUGUGUUAUACACGCCCUCUCUUUCCUCUUGGAUUGUGUGCCUUAUUUAAUAUGUACCUACUGUAGUUGUCUGUGAGAGAAAGUGGUGUUUUAAUUCAGUAAAAAGGUUGAACAUUCCCCCAAUAAAGUGUUUCACUCAUGGA